AAUUCUGUUAGCUUUAGAUGGAUGUUCUUGUGCUUGGUCUGUUGAACCUUAUAAUUUCUUAUAGUACUCUUAUUUCAUGUGCUUUCUAGUAGGAAAGAGUCAAAUUAUGCUAUAGCUUUUUGAUGAUUUUUUAUUUCCUUUUUUUUUCCUUUUUAAUGUAAUCUGCUUUAGAGUCUUGUUUAAAAUGGGCUGUUUUAUUUAAUUAGUUUGUAUUCAUCUUACAUUCACUCUCCAUAGUUAUCCCAGGCAAAAUUUAAGGAGCAACCCACAAGGGAAUUCCAAUUCUUAAUUGGAAUCACUUUUUUUCCGAAGGAUGUUUGAUUCUGAGUAUUUACUUUGCUUUCUUUCAUCUGGUAUCUUUCCAGUUCAUGUUGUUUGCUUCGUUACUGUUUGGCUAAAUUAUCCACAGCUAGUUUAUUUCAGUAGUCAUGCCUGGGAAGUUUUGCAAUUCCUUUCUGCUUUGCAGCUCCUCACUGAACUGUUGAAUCUUUUACUGAAGUACUCAGAAGUGACUUCAGUGCAAAUGCAGUUGUACUCUAUUGUUUUGACAGUUGGGCUCUACAGAGAGUAUAUUUCCCUCUUUCCUGAGGUAAUCACACAGUUGAUGUUCAGAGUAUCAGCCAGUUGGAGACAGAUACCUUCACCUGACCCCUGGCGGGUAUUUACAUUCCCAGCUGGUUAUCACUGCAUUGAAUCCAAAAUUCUACUAUAAAAGUACCCAGUCUUGAUUUCAAGAUAUCAGGUGAUAGGCUGCAGUGGUUUCCUGGAUAAAUUAUUCCAGUGGCUGAUUACCCUCGCUAAUUUCUUAUCUCCAUCUGUCUGGCCUGGCUCCUAACCACAGAGUCUUGCUACAAGUCUUCAUGUCAGGUUGACAUGAAAGCCUGUUGCUGCCAGGAUGACACAUUCCAGCUAAAAGAUGGUCUGUUGUACUGCAAGCCCAUGGCUGUUAGCUGUGCUGAGCUCUUCCUUCUGGGAAGAGGCAGCUGUGGAGCUGGAGUCUGGGUGAUCAGCAUGGUUUAGAGCAGUGAUGGAGGGUGCCUGGCCUGGUGUCUCUGUGGGCAGGGCUUCCUGGGAACUGUGAUUGAAUAACUCUGUUGCUUGGAGCUGGGCUUCACAUGAUGAGCAGCCCAGCAGCACAACAAGAUGCUGCUGAAGGAAUGAUCCAGUUCUCAUCCAGUCCUGACUGCAAGCUCCUGCUGCAUCCCUGGGAUCAGCUCUGGUGACCAAGUGGCCUCAGAUCAGUCCAGUCACGGCUCCAACUGAUUAACCCCCCUCCCUAAAGAAAAAAAGUAUAGAAGUUGGAUUAGCCUGCCUUGUGGCCAGAGAGAUUGCUGAAGAAGAGUAGCGUGACACUGCACAUGAGAAAUGUAGUGAGGGACCACCUUUUCCAACAGCAGAAUUAGAUGCCAGAGGGAAUCACACAUUUAGUUCCUACAUUUCUGUGCUUGGAUAAACAGGCUGUGGUUGCACAAAUCCUCUCAGCUGGCACUGCUGUUGAAAGAAGCCGUCAUGCCUUCCUGUUGGCAUCUCUACUGGUUCUCUGGUGCGGUUUGUUGUGGGACCAUACAUGCACCUCUACCACCAGGAGAGAAAGGACAGAGGAUGGAAUUCCUUUUGGCAAGGUGAAGAGUUGGUGAAACUAGGAGUUGUCACAAGUAUGCCUUACCUUUAAAUCUUCAUAGAAGGCAGUGUAUCUUUUUGCCUUCUCUCUGCAGCUGACCUGCCAUGAGAGCAGCUGCCCUGAUUUACUCAGUAGUGUGGAUUAACUCUGUUGUGUGGCUUGGGAGAACUGGGUUAACCCAGGACUGGGAUUAGGUCAGCUGCUUUUAUGUCUUUGGUCAAGAAGUGCGUGUUGAAAUUUGUUGUGUGGGAAAGAGCAUUUAGUAAGAAGAAGGUCUGAGCCUUGGCUGUGACACACUGCUUCCUAUGAAGGAUUCAGUGGUGCAGCAAAGUUCUAAGUUAAUGCAUUCAUGCAUUCUAGAUGUGAGUUCUCAGUGCUGAGCAAUGUGGGGUGCCCUUUUGGGAAAGCUUCAUUAAUCUUGUCUUUUCCAUUAACAAGUGACUCCAGCUUUCUUGCCUUUAAGUAGAAUUGGUUUACUGAGACAAAAUCCAUUCCCUGUCUAUUCUUUUAGACACCAUUCCUUCAAGUCCUGUGCAGAACACUGCAGGAUGAGGAACAGAGCCUGUGGUGGGGACUUGUUUUGACCUCAUGUUGGGGAGGUUGGAUUAAAAGCAAGGUGAAGUCGGAAGAAGAAAUUCCCAUAACUUUAGUACAAGUUCAGUGCAAGGUCAGGGGGAGGGCUAUUGGUUUUAAUAGUGGGAAAAAUUUAGAAGAGGGGAGGUGAUUACCAUGACAUGUGUACAAAUGCACAUAGAUAAACAGACACACAUAUGUAAAUGUAUACAAAAUAGAGGAUGUUCUGAUGCUAGGAGAGGUUGAGGAGGAGUGGCUGAAGAAACUGUAAUUGGAUAGCACACAAGGAGGGAACUGAGGAAGCACAGGAACCUGCUGCUGGGAGAAUACUGCAUUCAAGCAGAGAUGGCCGUAAAUUCCCUUCCUGAAAACAUAUCCUUUUUGCAGUGUCACAGAGAAGUGUGUGACAUUUGGACACCAAACCACGUUUUUAUGAUCUCAGAUUGAACACCCAGCUGCAGGCAGGGGCUCAGUGUGUGAGAUUGACUGCGCAUGGCCUUGCUGGUGCUCUGAGUCAUUAAGCACGGGGAUUCCUAAUGCUGAUCAUAUACAGAAUUUCCCAUAUCUCCACCAGGGCCAGGCUGGGGUGGUGCCCAGCAGGAUCCACUAGCUGGGUGAUCCCCUCCAUGGGCAGAGCAGAGCUGUGCACUAGUGAGCAGACCCAGCCUUGCACAGGGUGGGACUGGAGGAGGUGAGGGGAGGGAAAGCUCCUGCUUCAUCACCAAAUCCAGCAGUAGAGUUUAUGAAUCCAAAAUACACCCCUCUGGAGGCAGGGGAGGGGAUUAGGAUCCUGGUCAUGUUAGGGCAUGAUUUGUUCAGGUUGCAGAAGCCCAGGGAUAAUCAGGGGACACGAGUGUGGGUUGCAAGCAGACUUGUAGCUAGUUGGACAUGAUCCCUGUUCACAUCUGCCACAAAGUGGCUGCCAUGGCUACACUUUCAUAUUCACUGGAUAACAGAAAUAGGUGCACGAAGCAGUGUUAAGCUAACACAAACGCCACUGCUGGGAGGAUUAGAAGAAGAUGCUUUGCCCGCGAUCUUGCUGGGCAGCUGCAAAAAAUCAGGAUGUGUAAGAUAUAUUGUAUGUGUGCUUUACACUCACCUUUACAGGUGUAGUGAUCAAAAAUGCCUACAACAGAUUGUUUGAAUAGCUUAAAUCUUACUUGGGCCCUUAAAUCUUCACUACAGAUUGCUGUCUGUUACGAGGGGCUCGUGGAAACUUGGAAAGAGUAGAUGGGAAGAUUAUACCUUUCACAGUAAAAAGAUACCAUACCAGUGCCUGUAGCAAAGCUGUGAUGUUGUAGCAUCAGAUGUCUUUAGUGGGUCUGGGCUGCAGGCUAAAUCCUUGGAUUAAGCUUGAGUUUAGAUGCAGAAGUUUUGCUGUAGGUAUUCCAUAGUGCAGGCAUCCAAGGGUAACUCUAGACUAUGAAGUGUAAUCCAUCUGCAACAUUUGAGUCACUCUUUUUUCUGAGGUCCUCGAAGAUUACAGUCUGGUUUUACAGGUGAGGGCUGCCAGGCUGCUGUUGAAGUUGUGAAGGUGCAGUGUGUCUAUUUCCAUUCUGUUGCUGGAUUUAGGGGAGAAGGGGUGUUCUGAGUAUGCUGCCAGCUCUUCAGGACAGGAAUAGUGCACAGUAUUUAGAACAGUGAGGAUUCAGUCCUGAUGGUUGGUAUGGCUCAUGGCUCAAGUAACUCUUCUCAUUGUUUGUUCUCUUUUUCUGUGACUUACUUUGCACAUGAAGAUAUUUCAGGCUUGAGUCUGGAUACAAUAGAUCUGGUAGAUCUUAGAGUGCUCUGAGAAUGCUGCACUUUUCUCUCCUUUCUCUACUCCUCCGCACAAGACUGUACAAUAUCCUGAGUUGGAAGGCACCCACAAGAAUCACUAAAGUCCAACUCUGAGGCAAGGUGUUUUCUCCUGGAAAGGCAUGUCCCAGGUACAGCAGGAUGUGUCACUAAUGGAGUCUGAAGAAACCAGUGAGAGAGGUACCACUCCCCCAGGAGCCAGCAGCAUCACUGGGGAAGCCUGGGAUUCUUCAGCCGUGGCAGGAGAGUAUCAUGCCACUCAUAUAGCAGCCGAAAUGAGCACCAGCCCAUUUAACUCUGCAAAGGGACCAGAGCUCAACACACCCAAGGACUGCCUUGCUGCUCCAGGGAAAGCAGCAGAGAUGCUGGGCAGACCUUCUGACUCUAUGCAGAAAGUGCCAGCAGGACUGGAACAAGGCCAAAGGGAUACAGAGCCUCAAAAGGGACUCUCAGAACUGGAAGGAGAAAUGCUUUUAGAGGAGGGUGGACUGCAUUAUUCUCUGAAACUUAGGCAAUUGGAACUGGUUGACCUGGAAAGCAACCAGGGCCUUUCCUCUCACAGCAGAGUCCCGGAUGAGCCAGCCCGUGGCAGCCCAGUCCUGCAGGCUGUGAAGCUCAGCGCUGAGUUUCCUCAGUGCCAAGCAGAACUGCCUGUGCAUGGCUUAGACCCUCAGGCCCAGGAAACGAAAUCCCCUUUGACUGAUGCCAUUGCCUCUCAGAGGGACACACCUAAGUGCUUUUUGGUGUGUAAAACUGUUUCAGAAGGACAUUAUAAGGCUGAACCCUUUCUGGGUAACAUCUUGAAGGACUCUUUGCAGGAGGUUGAUGCUGGUGCAGAGCAGGAGCAAAGCACUAAAAAGUUGGCACCAGCACCUGAUGAGCAGCCUACCUCAGAGGGAGCAGUAGAAGACACAGCUAAACCUUACACUUCUGAAAAUGUUCAGGAAAGCUUAAGAGCACCCCAGGGUUUGGAAAAGAAUACAGAAUCUUCCUCUUUCCAUCAGUUGACUUCCACCUUAACAUGUGACAGCCAAAUGAGUUCACUACAAGCAGAAGGAAACAACUCAUCUGGUGAAACAGGGAAUACCAUGAUGGUCAAAGACCAGGGAAUGGUUCCUAAAAAGAACUCAUCUGCUUCCAGAUGCCUUCAUCUAGAAGAUGAUCACAGAAAAAUGGAGGGCAGACCUGCCCCUUCAGCAAAGAGUGCUUUUCAAGGAAAGAGUACUUCUAAAAGGACAGAGGAAGUGAAUGCUUCACGGCAUAAGAAGCCAGCUUGGGAGGAGGCAGUGUCUGGACUUCAACAAGAAGAGGAGGAGGAAGAGUGCAAAGAGCAGAAUUUGCUGGAAGAAGGCAAACCUUUGGAACUCAAAGAUCAGAAAAACAGGGAACAAAAUGAGCAGGAACAACUGCCAAGGGAAGAGCUCAAACUGGGGGAAGAGCUGAAACUAGAGGCUUUAUCAUCAGCUUUUGGGUCAGAGAUACCUUCUGUUCCCAGGCAUAAUGUGGAUGUGUGUGGUUUGGAGUAUGCUUCCUUGUCUGAGCAAACAGUAUCAGUAUUUCUUCCUGGGGAACCGGUCUCUGUGGAGCAGCAUCCUGGUGAGGAUGUGCUGCUGAAAGCUCAUGUCACAGAAGCAGGUUCUGGAUGUCAGCCACCUGCUGUCAGCCCUCUGUCCUCAAAAAACCAGAACCCAGGGGGGGAAACUCCAUACACGUGCCAUGUUUCUGACCAAGCAGAAGAUCUGGAGGACUCUGGCCGCUUUUCCAUCGGUGGUCAGGAUAUUGGAGAAGCUUACUGGGAUGAUAAGACACGACUGGGCAGGGAGAAUGAGCACAGUGAUGAUCAUGGAAAAGCUGUCCAGAGGUUUGAUAAAAGAGAUGCAUCACUCUGUGGAGGGGUGAUAGCACCUUUUAGCGCAGAGAACCCAGAGGCUCUUGUUCCAGCACACCCUUCAUCUGGUAUCAGUAACUUGGAGCCACGUGAUCACAUAGAUCUUCAUCCUAUAACAGGAAAAGCUGAGCUUUGGGACUUCAUUCCAGCUUCCCCCUCAGAGAUCACCUCAGCAGUGUCAGCAUCUGUUCCAGAGCAGGAUGGUGGCAGAAUAGCCUCUGUGACCUCUGAGCACUGUCCUGGCACCAGGCUGAACAAGCUGCCAGACUCUGCAGGGAAACCACCCAAACAAGCUGCUUCUGCACAAGAGUGGAACCCAACACCAGCAGAAACUGCUGUUGUAAGGACAGGUGCAAGGGAGGCCAAGACUUCCCAUGAACUCCUUACUUCUGAGGAAAGCUAUCAUGAGGACCUUAGUGGCCCAACUUCUUUCUCUGUCACGUACACUAGCUCCUUUCCUCUACAGGGGGGCUUUCCUGGAGAUAGGAGGUCUGUGGCUGGUAUUGCAGGACCUCUGGAAGUAUCCCAAACACCAGGAAGGACUUCCACUCCCCUGAACCACCCAGAGACAAUUCAGCAAAUCUCUCCCCAAAAAAGUGCCAUUAUACAAGGAAAAGAAAUGGCAGCAGAUGUGGAUCGUAAAGCACAAGUGCCUUUAUUUGAUGAGCCUGACUGCAGUUUAUACCAAAAAGAGCCUGGAUCCAGAAUUUCCAGUGUCCUGAGCGCCCUAACUUGGCCCUCCAAAGAUGAUUUGGUCCUUGCUGUGAACCAGCAAGGACAACCUCUGUCCCCUGUGUCCCACUCAAGCCUACCUCUGGGGUCUGAGCCUGAUGCCAAACAGCUUCCUCAUCCUCCUUCCCGUGUCCAAAGGCCCAGUCAAGCUCAGGCCCCUGCACUCCACACAAAUCACCUUGUUUCACCUCCAGUCCCUGAAGGUCACCAGCUGCUGGCUCCUGGACUGCACUCCAGGCCCCUCCUCAGCUGUGGGAUGGAUGAUGGUAAGCUGGGAGCCAUUCACCCUGCUCCAAGCUGUCAUCUCCGGACUGCCUCCUCUGCAUUUGAUACCAACUCUGUGGCCUCUGCUUCUGAUGGAGAAAGUCUAGCAGAGAGAGAUGACCUUGUUCCAGUGAGUGGAGUGUGGGAUCUUGGUGACUCAGGUCCCCAUGAUACAGAGACUUCUGAUGACUCAGGGGUCAGUUUGCUGACCAAAAGUUUUUUGGCUUUUGGAAACGAAAUGUUGGUUGGCUGCUCUGACACCAGCCCUGAAACAGCAGAUCACGACAUGGAUGUAGAGAGUGGAAAAUCCUCACCUGACCACCCUUCUUGGCCCUCGUUGGAAGGCCUGAUAACAUCCCCAGACUCCAAAAGCAGAGAGUCUGCACAGCUCCUUCCAAUGCUUGCAUUCACCAAUCCUAUUCACUUCCUCCGGCUCAGCCCUCCAUCACUGCUGACUACCAGAACAACCUGCCAGGACAAGGAGCUGCGAUGGCAGCAGCCCACAGGUAGCUUUGGUGGGGACACAAAGAACAUCCAGGCUCCACUGGCAGUCACAGAGAAAACAGAAGGUGAGAGGAGAGUCAGGCAAAGGCCGGAAGGAGGAGAACACCAGCCAAAGGAAGAAAAGGCCAAACAUGCAACCUUGGAAAAAUCAUCAAGUUGGCCAGACAAAAAAACUAUUGGGGUAGCUAUGCAGGACCCAGCAGGCAAUCAAGAAAGCCCAAUAAAAAGCCGAGUAAAAACCAAGGACUGGCACCGUCAGGGCCUGAAGAGGAUGUCAGUACCACCAGACAUCUUGCAGCAGGUUUCUUCUGUUCCUUCAGAGGAGGAAGCUCACCAGGCACACAGGGAACCACCAGUCAUCUCAGAAACAGUUAUAAUGCGAGAGAAGAAGUCUGCAGACACAACAGAGAACUUCAAGCGUCGGCACUCCAAACUGAUCAACUCCUCAAGAUUACUGUAUCAGGAGUACAGUGAUGUGGCUCUGAACAAGGCCAUCCAAAGCCAGAAGAGAGUGGAUUAUCCAGAGGAUAUAGAGUCAAGUUUACCAAGUUCCCCGAGGCUACGGAGGAAAGUGCUGUCUCCCCAGGACUCAUAUUUGCAACGUCUGUCAGUCUCAUCUAAUGCAUCCCUCUGGCAGGACAUCCCCAUGGUACGGGGCAGCAGAAUACUGCUCAACAUGUCCCGUGAGGAGCAGAGGCUGCAAGAGGCCAAGUUUGAGCUGAUAAUAUCUGAGGCUUCCUACCUGCGCAGUUUGAACGUGGCAGUGGAUCACUUCCAGCGCUCGGCAGAGCUCCAGGCGAUGCUCACCAACCAGGAGCGCCAGUGGCUCUUCUCCCGCCUCUCCGAUGUGCGUGAUGUCAGUGCCAGUUUCCUCUUUGACUUGGAGGAAAAAUUUGAAGAGGACAUGUUCACCUUCCGUGUGUGUGACGUGGCUCUGAAGCAUGCCCCCGACUUCCGCCGGGUGUAUCUGCCAUAUGUGACAAACCAGACAUAUCAGGAGCAAACCUUCCAGAGAUUACUAAAUGGAAAUGCAGGGUUCCAGCAAGUCCUGGAGAGACUGGAAAGUGAUCCAGUGUGCCAGCGCCUCUCGCUUAAAUCCUUCCUCAUCCUCCCCUUCCAGCGCAUCACUCGACUCAAACUCCUCCUACAGAAUAUCCUGAAAAGAACUCGGCCUGGGUCUGUGGAGGAAGUGCAAGCAACGCAGGCCUAUGAUGCACUUGAAAAGCUCAUCAAGGAUUGCAAUGAGAAUGUCCAGCGCAUGAAGAGCACGGAAGAGCUGAUCUACCUCAGCCAGAAGAUUGAAUUCGAGUGUAAGAUAUUCCCACUCAUCUCACAGUCGAGGCGACUUGUGAAAUGUGGUGAGUUGACAGCACUGGACUUCAACAACCUGAGUCCAAAAUGGAAAGUCACAACCCGGCCCAUCUACCUGCACCUUUUCAAUGACUGUCUGCUCCUGUCUCGGCCCAAGGAGGGUGGACGUUUCGUUGUGUUUGACCACGCUGCUUUCUCAUACGUGCGUGGCGAGAAGUGCGAGAUGAAACUCCACGGGGCAAACAAGAAUCUGUUCCGUCUCUUUCUUCUUCAGAAUAACCAGGGGAAAAGAGUGGAGUUCUUGUUCCGGACAGAGACACACAGUGAGAAGCUGAGGUGGAUCUCUGCUUUGGCACCUCCCCGGGGAGAACUGGACCUCCUGGAAUGCCCUGAUGCACCACAAGUUCAGUGCAUAAAGACUUACAAGGCUCGGGAAAAUGAUGAGCUGGCUUUGGAGAAGGCAGAUAUCAUCAUGGUUAUGCAGUACAGCAAUGACGGGUGGAUAGAAGGAGUAAAACUCUCAGAUCGGGAGAGAGGCUGGUUCCCCUCGGAACACGUGGAAAACAUCUCCAGCAAACACGUGCGGCAGAAGAACCUGAAGGAGGAGCAACGGGUGAAGAAUGCCAAGCAGCAGGUCUUCUGCAAGAAAUAAGGCUCUGUUUGGACCUGUACAGUCUCCCUGCCAUGGGGAAACCAUGGCUUUUCUAUCGUGCCUCAGAAGAAAUGCCUUUGUGAAGAGCAUAAUACAAAGCACUUUGACAGGACCAGGUGCUUUUUGCCAAAGAAAGUGGGAAUUCAAUCACGAAAAACUUCCUCUGUGUCAGCAAAACUACAGCAGCAAGAGGAAGGAUAAAGGUUGCAUGUAUUUCUUGCUUUGUGGUAGCAGGGAGGGACUUAAAUCAGACAGAGGUCUGGGGUCUGGACUUCUGAAAACAUAUUCCUGGUUUUGCCACUGACAAGUUGUGGGACUUUAUGAAAGUCACUUCAGAGUUCUGCCUCAGUUUUGCCAUCUGCAAAAUGGGGGUAAACUUACCUACCUCACUGCAUGUUGUGAGGCUAAAUUCACUAGUAUUAGCAGCCUGAGAGCUUCAAGUUCCUGAGAAGGAAGGUGCUAAGUGCAAAGCACAACAGAGCUGAAGAGAAUAUUCCAUUUGAAUAUCCUCUGGAUACCUGCAUGGUGUUGAUCUCCAUAGUGUAAUUUCCAUUUAGGGCAAUUUAUGUUUUAGAUCAUGCAAGUCUACAGGGGUUUAGAUAGGCAAAUAACAGCAUUUGGGUACAACAGCAUUGUACCCAAAUGCUGUUAAGAGUCCUUGACAGCAUUACAAAAUCCAUUAGAAUUAAGCAGUUUUCAGAAGCCACAAUGAUGAUUUCCCCCACAUAAGAAGUAUCAUGCUGAGAAAUCUGCUUCCAAAAGGUCAUCUCUCUUCUAAACAAGCAUCCCACCAAGCCAUUUGAACUGACCUUUUUUUUACUCGGUCUCCCCUUGGAAGAUCAGUGACUUUUGACAAAGAUUUAUAUUUUGUGUUGGUAAAUGCCCUGUACAAAAUAACCAGGACUAGGCACAUGCAAUGAAGUGGCACUUUACUGCUGCUCUUACUCUGAUUGCUGAUGUGGUAUUGCAUGCACCAUUUUGCACACUUAUGGAGAACACUGAGAUAUUUAGCCCCUGUAGAUAAAGGCAAAAUGUUCACCAGGGUCUUUGUUCUUUUUAAGGACUCUGGUUUUAAGUCCAGUUUACAUGCAUUUGUGCAGAACCUGUCUGUUUGAGGAUAUGCCUUCAAGUGUAAAAUACUGUUUUUGUGUUAAAGUGUUCAGUUCAGUCAAUGCAAGACCAAGUUUAAGAAUCUGUACACCAAAGAAAGCCACGUGUAGCCUCUUGCGUUUAAUAUAUUUGAAGAAUUAGUUACCUUUGUAUCUCCAGCUUUCUGUCUCUGUAACAUUCUGCCUUUAAAUCCCAUUUACAUUGUAUCUAGAAUAGCUUAUUAUGGCCUAUUUAUAUCAAUAAUUUUUGCUGGAUUAAAAGAAAACUUGCUUUUAGUCCUAAUAAACUCAUGCACUUCUCCAGU